CUCGAGAUCAUGCACUGAUACCUCAUGGAUGGUGUUAGAUCCAAUGCGAUCGAUCCGAGUCCGAUCAGGUAUGCAACUGGUGCCGGCACCACAAUCUGGCCUGCACACUUAACCGGAUUCGGGGCAGAAAGAAGAAGACCAAACGGCUGUGGCAGAAGCUCAACGGAAAGCAUUGUCAAGCGCCUUGAGCGAAUAGAGCAGGGCAUUGCCAGAGCAAAAGCUAUCAAGCAGAGCGCCCAGGCACCUCCUAUAGCGCCUCCCGCAGCACCACCAUGUCCAGUUGCCUCUCCAGUUGCUUCUCCCGAUGCUUCUAGCAUUUAUCAGCGCAAGAUCACCCUCGGCCGGUGCACUAUCUGCCGCCACUCCCAGUCGUCUUCCUCGUCUCGACAGCUUGGUGCCACUCCCCUAGGCCAGGUCUGGUUCUCCGGUCAAAAGUUUGCGGCGGUCUGCUCACGGAAUGGCAUCCCACAUUUCACUGCUCUGGGAGAACAAUGGAUUUACUCUCGAACUGGAUUAUGGCCGCGGUUUUACAAUGAGGACAUCGCCUCUCCCUCGGAUCAGCCGCCCUCCUAUGCCUCCCCCUUCAGGCUUCCCAACGGGCAGAUGAAGCAGACUCAACUUGAGACACUACCCGACAGAAGCAUUACGUUGGCAUUGCUUGAUGAAUUUACAAAAUCUGAAUUCCGUCUCAUCUUCCCUGUUGUGGACCGUGAGCUUUUCGAGGAGACCAUACGCUUGGCAUAUGACUCUUCGGACGAUAACCUGACAAUACAUGCCAUUGGCAGCAAGGCGUGCGUGCUCGCUUUUCUGUCUGUCGCCGGCCAUCAUUUCCGCGACCUGGAAAUCGCCAAGUCGUUUGACGCCGAUGCUUGUGCCAGACGGGCGCAGUUGAUGAUAUCAGACUUCGUCGAGGAUGCGAGCUUGACGACUCUGCAAGUAAUGGUCAUGCUUCUCCUCAAUGAGACACUAUGCGGUCACUUGCAAGCAGCGUCCAUGUACCAUGCCAUAGCAUGUCGUACUGUCUGCGUCUUGGGAGGCCAUACGCUGGCCUGCGAAUCCCCUACAGAUCGCAAACUCACGGUUCAGGAGCUAGUGGAGCGGCAAAUCCGGAUGUUAUUUUGGGUUUGCUAUCUGUUUGACAAGGAUAUGGCUCUGAGAAAUGGUCAACCUCCUAUCAUAAGCGACGAGUUCUGCGAUCUUACGCUUCCUCAAGAGUAUCUGGAAAACCGCUUCUCCAGCAAAGCCUUGUCAGCAAUGAGCGCUUCCCAAAGGCCAUUUCUACCGAGUGAUCUUCGGCUGAGUCUCCUCAAGUCAAAGACUGUCAGUGCUCUCUACUCUGCCGGGUCCCUGCGCAAGUCAGAUGCAGAACUUCUCCGUACCAUCCGUGAGCUGGACGAGGAAUUGGAAAACUGGCGCGCAUCGAUACCGCCAGAAUACGCCCCUGUGCUAUCCGUCAGCAAGCACGUUAAGCUGUCUGACACUCUGAAUAAGAGCACAAGCAUGCUUCAUAUCGAGCUGCAUCUGGACUAUCACUACCUAUUGAACAUUAUCCAUUGUGCCAGCGGCCGAUGUGUGGUAGACUGGAGCGAGUCUGGCAAGGAAAUGAUAUUUGGCUUACAGUCCAGUCUCGACUUAUCUGUCGAGGCCAGUCGUUCAACUCUCAUCUAUCUGAGGGAAACUGCGCAUCGACUGGCUGGUGAGGCGUUCUGGGUCUUCAUUUUUUAUCCUAUAUCUGCGCUUUUGAGCAUCUUCUUUAACAUUCUGCGAAAUCCUCAACAUGAGUAUGCAUGCCAAGACGUAGAGCUGCUGGCAUCGGCUACGAAAGUCAUUCGAAGCAUGCCCAUCCAUCGAGUCACGACCCAUGAGCUUGAAUAUCUACGCAAAAUGGACUAUUUCAUCGAAGAACUGACCCGGCUAAGCCGGGCAGCAAUUGACAAGGCACGGUUGGAGCAUGGUGCUGUAGGGCAAUAA